GAAAGACAGCGGAUACAUAAGCUGCACUCAAACGGCCAAUGUUUUCCUUGACAACAAUAGGGGCAUUAAUACCUCAUUGCUCCAACCACAACCUUCCUCAUCCCUUCACCAUGCACCCAGCAACAUACACCGGCGGCUUCUUCGGCCUGAUCGUCCUCAUCCUUGACCUCAUUGCCAUUUUCGAGGUCCUCAACUCAACCCGUUCAAUCACCUCCAAGCUGCUCUGGGCGCUUCUUAUCUUCUUGUUCCCCGUCUUUGGACUCAUCAUUUACUUCUUGUUUGGAGAGCGUGAACAGCACAAUGGCGGCUACGAAUCCAUCGCCUAAGAAUCCGGUCCUGAUGCAAGGAUAAAGACAAUCGUUUCAGUGAAACCCACAUCCCGGGCAGGGUUUCUGAAAUGCAAACGGAUUUUUUUUUUUUUAAAAAAGGCGAGAUCGGGUGUCAUUGCAAGUAGAAUGUAAUAAUAAAUUCGGAAUUACACUGUAAA